AUGGGUGCAAUGAAUGCCAAGAAAUUUCGCGAAUGGUCUGACAGAUGGAAUGAAGACUUCAGACACUAUUACUAUGUCAAAAGGGCGAACGGUUAUUAUCCGUCAUUGCUUCACUUCACUUCGAAGUACAAGGACAUAUAUGAAGUCAACUUCGACAACUUGAAGGAGACUUUGCACAUUAUACUGCCCAAAGACGAUUACUAUCACAAAGAUGUGAGCGCUCAGAAAGCAAUUAGAAAGCAGCUUGAAAAGGCGAUAACAAAGGAAAUGCCUCGCUACUGGGUGAAGGACGAUGUGAGACAUCGAGAAGUAGAAGAUCGCUUUGCACGAGAGGUGGAAGAGCACUAUCAAGAGGAAAAGACCAAAGUACCGAGAGGAGGGAAAUGA